UCCUUCAGACUUCCUGCCUAGGGACGAGCUUGCUGAAUGUGGGUCCUCGUUUCUUCUGCUGCGCGUAGCAACAGCAGUGGGGGGGGUCUUGCUCUUUCAAUGCAGGAGGGCCAGCUCCUCUGUCUGGACAGGAGGACCCCCUGGGAAAUACAAAGCUAAAUUCUCCUUUCUUUCUUUUUUGUACCAGCUUAUAUUUGUGAAAGAGACAGGCAUUUUGAGGCUGCCCAGUGCCAUGCGGUGCCUCCUCGUCAGCCAAGACAAGCGACAUGAUCCAGUUCUUCUGCCUGAUGGUGUGACUGUGGUUCUGGGCAGGGGACCUGAGACACUCGUCACCGAUAAAAAAUGCUCCCGGACACAAGUGGAGUUGCUGGCCAAUUAUGCCUAUAGAUCCGUCCGAGUCACACAGCGAGGGGUGAACCCCACGUCGGUGGAGGAGAUACACCUGCGUUGUGGGGACAGCACCACGCUCCAGGAGGGAGAGACUCUGUGCUUGGUGAAUGGGCUGUAUCCCUACCGCAUCCGUUUCGAGGAAGAUUCCCGCUCCCCGAAGAAAACCCUGCUGGAGUUCUUCAGUCCCCGGCGCCCCCUGGAAAAAGAGGAGGAUGGCAAGGCCCAGCCAGCCAAGCGGCUCAAGACCUCCUCGCCUUCCGAGGACGAGGAAGACGAUGACGACGUCGACCCCUCGGUGGCCGAGAAAUUGAGGCAGCUGCAGGAGACGGCAGCGCAAGCCCAGCGGGCGCAGAGCCAGACUCCCCGGCAGCUGCAGCUCUCGCAUCUGGCUCCCCAGCCGCACGACUCCUGGGAGGACCAUGGCAAGCUCCUGGUCUUCACAAAGAAAGGGGUGGUGCCCAGCGCCAAAGUUGCAGGUUUUGAUCUGGAUGGGACCAUAAUCACCACGCAGUCUGGGAAGGUGUUUCCUACGAGCCCCGAUGACUGGAGAAUCCUGUACCCCGAAGUUCCCCGCAAGCUGAAGCAGCUUCAGAGCGAGGGGUACAAGGUUGUGAUCUUUACCAACCAGAUGGGCAUCAGUCGUGGGCGCCUCAGGCCCGAAGUUUUCAAAGCCAAGGUGGAAGCAGUGGUGGAGCGGCUUGGCAUCCCGCUGCAGGUCUUCGUGGCGACUGCUUCUGGCGUUUACCGCAAACCUGUCCUCGGCAUGUGGGAACACCUGUGCAAGAAGGCAAACGGUGGCCUAGAAGUCUCUUUGCAGCAAAGCGUCUAUGUUGGAGAUGCAGCUGGGCGACCACCAAACUGGGCCCCGGGACACAAGAAGAAGGAUUUCUCAUGCAGUGACCGCUUGUUCGCUCUGAAUGCUGGGCUUCCCUUCCGCACCCCCGAAGUGUAUUUCCUGGGCUGGAAAGAGCCGCCGUUUGCACUCCCCAACUUUGAUCCGCGAACGCUGGACCCCAAGGCACGGCUGUACGAUCCUCCAGACGCUUGCCUGACCUCUUCCUCCCCAGAGAUGGUUGUAGCUGUUGGCUUCCCUGCUGCUGGCAAGUCAACUUUUUUGAAGCAACACUUGGCCUCUGCUGGUUACGCCUAUGCCAACCGGGACACACUUGGCUCAUGGCAGAAAUGUGUGGCUACCUGCCAAGCAGCACUGCAGGCAGGGAAGAGCGUAAUAGUGGACAACACCAAUCCGGACCUGGAAUCGAGAUCCAGGUAUAUUGAGUGCGCCAAGGAAGCCGGCGUUCCCUGUCGCUGUUUCCUGUUCACUGCUUCGUUGGAACAAGCCAAGCACAACAACAGAUUCCGGGAAAUGACGGAAAAGGGGCAUGUGCCCGUGAAUGAUAUCGUCCUGAACAGUUAUAAGAAUAAGUUUGUUGAACCAUCGUUGGACGAGGGUUUCUCUGAAAUCCUCAAGAUUCACUUUGUGCCUCAGUUUGCAGAUUCUCAACUAGAGUCACUUUACCGGCAAUUUUCUGAGGGAUGACAGUGUCCUGCUAUUUGCACCCAUCUGACAGAGCCUUUUUUCGAAAUGUACCUCUCUGUUGCCAAAGAAAGGUAUACUUAUGAAGUGUGAUGGCUCCCCCUGCUGGUCAAAGGGGAACCUCGCUUUGGGCUGUAGAACGUCCUCAGGCUGUUUGAAAAUGGGAGUGGAGACUAUAUAAUAGGAUUCCCUUUUCCCCUGUGAAAAGGCAUUUUAGAAACCAUGAGAAAUAAAAGUUUUGGAACCCAAA